AUGGAAAUGGAGGGUGGGGGUUUCACACCCCAGCUCUUCAUAACCAUUAAUCUCUUUGAGCAACGCCUCGCUGCCACGCAGCCAACUCGGUUGUUGAGGCCUGUGGACAGGUACUUUGUAGAUACGCGUAGGAAAAACCAGCGGCGCGACCUGCGACGCCAGCCAGCCCGUGGAGACCUGGCGCUGAGCAUCAACGUCGUGUCAGGUUAUGUCCUACAAGAAAAAGCAGAGUCAGGCUAUUUUUUGGCAUUUCUAGAAAUCAGGCACGCCCUGGCAGAUGGCUGGUGGUGCACAAGCAGAUUGACUGGAUAUGCCAAGAAACUUGUAGCAUUCCAGGCAACAGGAAUGUGUCUGAAACCAGCGGACCUGACAAAAACACCUGCCUGGACCGCAGCAGACAGCCGUCCCUCACAUGGCGGCUGCCCAGUUGAUCUGUACCUUCACCGUAAAUCUGAAGCAGCUGGGCCGGAUUUUGAUGUCGAUCACUUCGUAUCAGACUGCAGGAAACGUGUUCAGUUGGAAGAGCUCAGGGAGGAUCUGGAGCUCUAUUACAAACUCCUUAAAACUGCCAUGGUGGAACUCAUAAAUAAGGACUACGCAGAUUUUGUCAAUCUCUCAACAAAUCUAGUUGGCAUGGACAAGGCCCUUAAUCAGCUUUCGGUACCCUUGGGACAGUUAAGGGAAGAAGUUAUGAGUCUGAAGUCAUGUGUCAGUGAAGGAAUUCGAGCAGUAGAUGACCGAAUGAAUAAACAGCAGGAUAUUAGAAGAAAAAAGAUGUGUGUCCUGAGACUUAUUCAUGUUAUUCAGUCUGUUGAGAAAAUUGAGAAGAUUCUGCAUUCCCAAGGCACUAAAGAAUUGUCCUCAUUAGAGGGAAACAGCCCACUUUUAACUGGACAGGUUUUAGAGAGAAUUGCCACAGAAUUUAAUCAACUGCAAUUUCAUGCAGUACAAAGCAAAGGAAUGCCCCUUUUGGACAAAGUGAGACCACGUAUAGCUGGAAUAACAGCUAUGUUGCAGCAGUCUCUGGAAGGGCUGCUCUUGGAAGGCCUUCAGACUUCCAAUGUUGACAUAAUACGUCACUGUCUUCGCACCUAUGCAACAAUUGACAAAACGCGAGAUGCAGAGGCAUUAGUUGGUCAAGUGCUUGUAAAACCUUAUAUAGAUGAGGUGAUCGUGGAACAGUACGUUCAGUCUCAUCCUAAUGGCCUUCAGGCUAUGUACAAUAAACUGUUGGAGUUUGUUCCUCAUCAUUGCCGUCUCUUGCGGGAGGUAACGGGGGGAGCCAUUUCAAGUGAAAAAGCAGACAUUAUUCCUGGAUAUGAUUUCUUGGUGAAUUCAGUGUGGCCAGAAAUAGUACGCGGUUUAGAAGAGAAACUGCCAUCGCUGUUUAACCCUGGAAAUCCAGAUGUGUUUCACGAGAAGUACACUACUAGUAUGGAUUUUGUACGGAAAUUUGAACGACAGUGUGGCUCCCAGGCCAGUGUGAAACGGUUAAGAUCUCAUCCCUCAUACCACAGCUUUAACAACAAGUGGAAUUUGCCUGUAUAUUUUCAAAUAAGAUUCAGAGAAAUAGCAGGGGCCUUGGAAGAAGCACUUUCAGAUACACUAGAGGAAGCACCAGCUGGCAGCUCCUACUGUCUUUUGGCCACUCACAUGGUCUGGAUGAGUCUUCUGAAGUGCUGGUCCGAUCAAAUGUUUUUACCGUUGUUAGCACACCGUCUGUGGAAACUUAGUCUGCAGAUUUUGGCGCGGUACUCUGUGUUCGUUGGUGAGGUUUCUGUAAGGCCCGUUUCCUGUGAGAAUACGAAGGAAAGCAAAAAAUCUGUGCCAGUUGGUAGAAAAGAAUCUUCUGUAAGCCUCAACCCUGGUGAGGACCAAGGGAAUGGGUCUUCUCCAGAAAGUCAGCCGUUGCCUUCUGUAUCUAGUACUCAGCUGAUAUAUGUUGCUGCAGAUCUGGACAAACUCCAGGAUCAGAUUCCUGAUAUCUUGGAAAUGAUUAAACCAAAACUUGAAAUUAUUGGCUUCAAGAAUGUGUCUUGUAUUGCAGGAGCCUUGGAAGACUCAAAGACUUCUUUAUCAGCCUGCGUGCCUACCUUGAACAACAGGAUUAUCCAGGAUCUCAGUGAGUCCUCCUUCGCUUACCUAAAGAGUGCACUGGAAGUUCCAAGAUUAUACAGGAGAACAAAUAAGGAGGUGCCAACUAAAGCUUCACCUUAUGUCGACAGUGCUCUUAAGCCCUUCUACCGACUGCAGAACGAAUACAAAGAUAUAUUGAAGCAGCCGAUGAUUCAUCAGUGGUUGGAAGGUGCCCUCUCUGAAAGCACACAAAAGUAUUAUGAAACUGUAUCUGAUGUGCUAAGUUCUGUUAAGAAAAUGGAAGAGAGCCUAAAAAGGUUGAAGCAAGCUAGAAGAACUGCAACUUCAAACCCUGUCGGUACAAAUGGGGGCAUGAGUGAUGAUAACAAAAUCCGACUGCAGCUGGCCCUAGAUGUUGAGUAUUUUGGAGAACAAAUACGAAAGAUGGGACUGGACACAAGCAGCAUAAAAAGCUUUCCAGCCCUUGCAGAGCUGGUUCUGACUGCCAAGGACCAGGCUACAGCAGAACAAUCCUAGAUAUUUUUGAAAGCAUGUGAGUGAAGAUAAACAGUGUCCCCAGAAGAAGGAGAGAGAAUUUAACUCUUCCUUAUUUUACCAAACAAGUAGCAAUGAAGUGCUUCCUAAUGUAUCUCGAGCAACAAGUCAGUGCAUCUGCUGUCAAGAUAGGCUUGUUGCACCAAAAGGCUGAGAAUUUACUGUGGGUUUCCAUUAUAUGGAAAACAGUGAAAAGUUCUAAACCUUCUACUGUAGAAUAAAAGUGGAAGAAUUUUUUUUUUUUAUUUUUGUUGUACAUCUCAAAAUGCAGAAGAAUGAACUUAUAUCAUGAAAAUAAUAUGUAAUAAAUUGUCUUUCUAA